GUCUUUCCUGUAGCAGCGCUAGAGCUGAGCUAGCGUUUGGAAAUGGCCACAGUCAAGCAAAACGAAUCGAGAGUUUCGUCCUCAGUGGAAAAUAAGAAAAAUUCACUGGGUGGAGGAAUUGGACUUGAAAUCUUGCAAGUCAUCAAGGAGUCCCAGCAGCUGCAUGGUCUCAGACAUGGAGACUACCAAAGAUACAGGGGCUACUGUUCUCGUAGACUGCGUCGUCUACGCAAGACUCUUGGAUUCAAGAUGGGGAACCGGCACAAGUUUGUUGGAAAAAAAAUAACAGUGGAGAUGAUUUCAGACAGCAGGUACUUGUUGCUGGUUUUGAUGGAAGCGGAGCGUGCAUGGAGUUACGCCAUGCAGUUAAAGCAGGAGGCCAACACGGAGCCGCGUAAGCGUUUCCAUCUGCUGGCCCGGCUCCGCAAAGCUGCCAAGCACAGUGAGAAGCUGGAAAAGCUGUGCGAGAGCCCCCGUGUUGAUGCCAAGACAAAAUUGGAAGCGCAGGCCUACACAUCAUACCUGACUGGCAUGGUAGAGUUUGAACUGCAGCAGUGGAAAUGUGCUAUGGAGGCCUUCAACAAGUGCAAGACUAUCUAUGAGAAACUGGCGAGUGCAUUCACUAAGGAGCUGGAAACGCUUUAUCGCCAGCGUGUAGACGAGAUAUCGCCUAACAUCCGAUACUGUGCUUACAAUAUAGGUGACCAGAAUGCCAUCAAUGACUUAAUGCAGAUGAGACUGACCGGAGGAGGCGGAGGCAUGAUGGCUGAGAAACUCGAGACCCUGAUUACUCAGGCAAGAACCAAGCAGGUAGCCACCAUGAGCGAGGUGGAGUGGCGUGGCAGGAGUGUGCCCGUCAAGAUCGACAAGGCCCGCAUCUUCCUGUUGGGUCUAGCGGACAACGAGGCCGCCAUUGCUCAGGCAGCCAAGGAGGACACCAAAGAGCAUCUGUAUGAGACCCUGUUGGCCGAGUGCCGCGACACAAUCCAAGCGGUGCGAGAGGAGCUCAAGACUGAGGCAAAGCAGCGAGAAAGGAACUCUGACGGUGAGAAUGAGAAAGUGUCCAACAUGCAGUUCCUGCACAGCUACCUGAGCUACAUCAAGCUGUGCACACUGGUGAAGAGGAAUGAGAGCAUGGCGCACACGCUGCAGGCCAAGCUGAAGGUGCCUGAGGGGGAUGAGAAUAAGAGGGGGGCCCGUCCACAGGACCUCAUCCGCCUCUAUGACAUCAUCCUGCAGAGUCUGGCCGAACUCUCCUCACUGCAGGGCCUGGAGGAUGACCACACCUUCCAGAAAGAGGUUUCCCUCAAGACACUGGCCUACAAAGCCUACAGGUGCUUUUACAUUGCCCAGUCUUAUGUUCUGGUGAAGAAGUGGAGCGAGGCGCUGGUGCUUUAUGAGAGGGUGCUCAAGUAUGCCAAGGAGGUGCAGUCUAAGGCCAAGAGCAUGAACAACAGCUUGAAGGAUCUCCCUGAUGUUCAGGAGCUCAUUGCUAAAGUCAAUGCAGAAAAAUACUCUCUUCAAGCGGCCGCCAUUUUAGACACUGGCGAGGUUGUUGACGUUCCUGCACCACAGCCCGUCAAAGACAACACGCCUCUGUGCGACCGCUUGGAGACUUUCCGCCUCGACCCGUCCCUGGUGGGGAAGCAUCCUAACCUCGUGCACUUCCCGCCGGACUUCCAGCCGAUCCCGUGCAAGCCUCUCUUCUUUGACCUGGCUCUCAACCACGUGGCCUUCCCGCCCCUGGACGGCAAGGUGGAGCAGAAGGUCAAGGGCGGCCUGACCGGCUACAUCAAGGGCAUCUUUGGAUUUGGCAGCUAAACCAUAAGGAAGACGAGGAAGAGGAAGAAUAAAUGUCCCCGGUGUCACUAGUUAGAAUCAUCUUUCUUUAAAUGGCUACUUUCAGUGCCUCCGUAUGAAACAAGCAGAUUAGUUUUAGAGAGAGGAAUAUCAUGAAAUCCACCUGCCAUCUUUGUAAUGACUUGUCAUGGUUAAACCGGUUAACCAUGUCUUAAUAUUUACAGCCAAGUUGUUGUUGUCCCCAGAGCCUUGGAUUAUUAUUUUUUAUUUUUUUUCUCUCUCCUGAAGGCCACUUUGACAUAGUACAUUUUGUGAAACAACUGUAACCGGGUCACCUCAAACACGUCUUUUGUUUGCCUUGUUCCUUUUCUUUUCUCCAGCUUUGCCCUGAUUUUUUUAAUUUUUUUUUUGUUAAUCACUGCAGUUUACAUAACAGCCAACUGGUUUAGCCGAUCAUCGCACCGUUGCAAAAGCACAAGGAAGCAGUUGCUUCUUGAUACAUAGAUGGUGCUCAAGUCAAGUGCAGUGGAGCCUCCUCUGAAUUUAGGCAAGCUUAUCGGGAAGAAAACUGAGGCGAAGUUCAUCCUUGUUGACGGCCAUGCUUACCAUUUUUAAAAGGAAAAUAAAGCCAGCCGCUGGAUAGUCAAGUGGUUAGACCAACGAUUCACCAACCUUUCGUUGUCUUACAGGUGACUUCCUAUGGGACAUAGAGAUGAAGGUCUAACUGUUUCAAUGUGUCCAAAUGGCUCACUUUUUACAGUAUCUCGCACAAGUGAGUACACCCAUCACAAUUUGUGUUUUCAUGGGACAUUGCUGACGAAAUGACACCGCUACAAUGCAAAGUAGUUGGUGUACAGCUUGAAUAGCCAUGUAAAAUUGACUGUCCCCUCAAAAUAACUCGCAACCAUUGUCUAAACCACUGGCAACGAAAGUGAAUACACCCGUAAGUGAAAUUGCCGAAAUUGUACCAAUGUUUUGUUAAACAGCUAUUGUCUUGGCGAACGUGCUGCAGCCGAGUUGCAGGGUAUUGGCAGUCUUUGUACAGGUUCAGCCAUCUUUAUCAGAGAGUUCUCUUUCAUCAGGUGCCAUUUUGAACUUCCACUGAUCAGUAUGAGAGUGAUUAUUAUACCAUAUAUAACACCUGCUUCCUAUUCACACCUGAGACUGUAACACACAACACCUGGGAGGUAAAAUGGCUAAUUGGGACCAGUUUGGACAGUUUCAUUUGGGGGUGUACUCCCUUUUGUUGCCAGCAGUUUAGACAUUAAUGGCUGUGUGUUGUUAUUUUGAAGCGAAAGUAAGUGCUACAAUUAUACAAGCUGAGCACCGUGUACUUGAAACUGUAGCAAAGUGUCAUUUCUUCAGUGUUGUCCCAUGAAAAGAAAAAAAAAUGUGACAGGUGUACUCACUUUUUUUUUUUUUUUUUUUUUUUUUUUUUUUUAAAUUAUAUAUAAACACGAGUCUGCUGCCUGAUGACCAUGUUGGAUGGAGUCUUAAAAACGUCAACACCAUCACAAAUAUCUUCACUAUCUGUGGAAAUAGUGUAAUAUGCAAAGGUCUUGGGCAGGCACUAGCUUUGUUGUCAUUUACCCUUUUCGCAGCAAUCAUUCUGACAUAGUAAAUAGUAGGACAGGUAUAGUUAAAAAGUCAAACUAACAAGCAGAUGGACAAACACACUCAAUUGUGACACUCCAUCGGGAAUUCUUUUUUUUCCGAGCAGUCUGGGCUCUACUGAAGGAGCUCUGUGAAUUCUAGUUAUACAUGCGUAGUUAGUACAGCAAACAACAAAUGUAAUGAUCCCCAAGACUUUUACACCGUACUGUAACUGAUGUAACUGAUCCGUUACAUUUACAAUACAGGGGAGUCCCCGCUUUGACGGGGUUCCUUCUGUUCUACGGCGGUGACGUAACCAGGCAAGUCAUAUCGUAGUCAUAGCUACAGUAAAUACAGUACAGUAUUUGUAUGAAAAAGACUGAGGCAAUAGAUUUAAAACAGUCAAAUAAAAUACGGCUUAACUGAGGGUGCCUUCCUGUGCUGCUUGACGACGUAUUCUUACGUCACUGUGCAAACUAGUUCAAUGUGACCUUUGUAACCUUGAAAUGUCAUAUGUUGCAGCUGUAACCUGAGGACCCCUUGUAUUUUUCUGCCGCCCCCCCCACCCCCUCAUUAUUAUAGAAAGUGAUUUGUCCAAAUGAUUAGUUGUUGGGAAGCGAAAUAAGUGAACUGGAUGAUCUGAAGACAUAAUUAAAAUAUAUUUGC